UAAUUUUUCUUCGUACUCCGCAACGACUCGCAGGCCUGGAAUUUUGCGUGUGUCGCUCAGUAUUAAUUCGAAACUGAAAAAUUCUCGAAAUUUGCUGUGCACUUUUCAAAAUAAAAAGAGAACAAAAUGAAUGCCCAACAAGCACAACGGGAGCAUGUCCUGGCCGUCUCCAGGGACUUUAUCUCGCAACCACGCCUGACCUACAAGACUGUGUCUGGUGUGAACGGUCCUCUGGUUAUUCUCGAUGAGGUCAAGUUCCCCAAAUUCGCUGAGAUUGUGCAGCUCCGUCUGGCUGAUGGCACCGUCCGGUCUGGUCAAGUGCUGGAGGUGAGUGGUUCCAAGGCUGUCGUUCAGGUGUUCGAGGGUACCUCGGGUAUUGAUGCCAAGAACACUCUGUGCGAGUUCACCGGCGAUAUUCUGCGCACUCCCGUGUCCGAGGACAUGUUGGGCCGUGUCUUCAACGGCUCUGGCAAGCCCAUCGACAAGGGACCCCCAAUUUUGGCUGAGGACUUCUUGGAUAUUCAGGGCCAGCCCAUUAAUCCCUGGUCACGUAUCUAUCCAGAGGAAAUGAUUCAAACCGGUAUUUCGGCCAUCGAUGUGAUGAACUCGAUUGCCCGUGGCCAGAAGAUUCCUAUUUUCUCAGCUGCUGGUUUACCGCACAAUGAAAUUGCUGCUCAGAUCUGUCGUCAGGCUGGUCUGGUCAAGCUGCCAGGCAAGUCCGUGCUGGACGACCAUACCGAUAACUUUGCCAUCGUGUUCGCUGCCAUGGGUGUCAAUAUGGAAACUGCCCGAUUCUUUAAGCAGGAUUUCGAAGAGAACGGCUCUAUGGAGAAUGUGUGUCUGUUCCUUAACUUGGCCAACGAUCCAACUAUUGAACGUAUCAUCACUCCCCGUUUGGCUCUGACAGCUGCCGAAUUCUUGGCCUACCAGUGCGAGAAGCACGUGCUGGUUAUCUUGACCGACAUGUCUUCAUACGCUGAAGCUUUGCGUGAGGUGUCCGCUGCCCGUGAGGAGGUGCCCGGUCGUCGUGGUUUCCCAGGUUACAUGUACACCGAUUUGGCCACCAUUUACGAACGCGCCGGUCGUGUGGAAGGUCGCAAUGGCUCUAUUACCCAGAUUCCCAUUCUGACUAUGCCCAACGAUGAUAUUACCCAUCCCAUUCCCGAUUUGACUGGUUACAUUACUGAGGGACAGAUCUACGUUGAUCGUCAGUUGCACAACAGACAAAUCUACCCACCAGUCAAUGUGUUGCCAUCCCUGUCGCGUCUGAUGAAGUCUGCUAUUGGUGAGGGCAUGACCCGCAAGGAUCACUCAGAUGUCUCUAAUCAGCUUUACGCUUGUUACGCCAUCGGCAAGGAUGUCCAGGCCAUGAAGGCUGUGGUCGGUGAGGAGGCCUUGACGCCCGACGAUUUGCUCUACUUGGAAUUCUUGACCAAGUUCGAGAAGAAUUUCAUCUCUCAGGGCAACUACGAGAACCGCACUGUCUUUGAAUCCUUGGAUAUUGGCUGGCAGCUGCUGCGUAUCUUCCCCAAGGAGAUGUUGAAACGUAUUCCAGCCUCCAUUUUGGCUGAAUUCUAUCCUAGGGACUCCCGCCAUUAGAUUCUGAUUCUUGAUUGUUUUUUUGUUUUUGAUUUUUGUCCAAAAUUUUGUUUCAUUCAUAAUUUAAGCCGGCGGAGCUAUCCGCUUUUGCAAUAUCCCGCUGUGUAUGUGUUUAUCUUGAUAUAUCCACAUACAUAAAGCCACAAUAUAUAUAUAUUUAUAUAUAAUAUCGUAUCUAUUUGUUCAACCUUUGCGAUAGCCGAUCUAGUUAAAUAAUAUUCAACGGAGCAAAAACAAAAAAAAAAAAAAGAAUAGAAAGAACAACUAUUUUAAUGCGUGUCGUAGUCGUCGCCGUCGUUAUCGUUGUCGUCCUCCUAUCGUUGUACAUAAAUAAUUGAAUUGUUUAAUCGUCGCAAAUUACUUUGUACACUCAAUGUUUUUUUUCCCUAUUUCGCGCGUUCAUUUUGUUAAAGUUUACAACAUUUUCUUUGUUAGGUUUUAAGUUUGUGCUCUAUAAAUUAUCAUUUCUUUAUUUGAAUCGACGUUGCAUUCCAAACCAAAAUUCAGUUUCUUGUUGCUUUUAUUUUGAUUUGUCGCGCUUCGAUAUCAGUUCGCACAAGUAUUAGACACUUUUUCCCCGUAACCGUACCCCGUCCCUUACCAUAAUUUCCUGUCCCCGCACUGCGCACGGAUCUUUGUAAACACUUUGUACAGCAACUCAAAUAAUAAAAAAAAAAAUAAAUAAAUGAAAUACUAAGUUCAAAAAUAAAAAGAAAAAAAAAAAUGCCAGAAAUGUCUUAAACGUAGGCAAUGUAGACAACUAAUCGGAAUCAUUUUUUUCAAUUUUUUGAUUAAUCAAUUGUUAAUGAAAUCUGCAUUAAUGCCAUCCAAAUCUGUUUGUUGCGUGGUAAUAGUCACGGGUGAACAAAUCACUUGAUCAACAGCAUAAACAACAAAAAUAUGUUCAACUAAUCGUAUGUUUAAAGAAUAAUUAAUGAUUCAUAUAUAUGUAUAAAUUAUAGAACAUUUAAAUGAUGAGUUAAUAAAUUACACACCAAAUCAUGUUAAA